AUGCAGAAAAAGGUUGAAAGGGAAGGUGGUAAGAAGAAGGACAUGAUUAUGGUGGAAGUUAAGAAGGAAAUCAUCGAGAAGUACGAACAAGCUCAGAUCUUCCCCUCGGGGCAGACAGCCUGGAUCCAGGACACCUGCCUGCCCGGAAACCAGCUGUGUGGCUCAGGCAGCGACACACCUCGGGCUACUGAACUAUUCCCGCUGCGUCCCCAUGGCUACACUUACCGCCAGUUGGCCACCACCUCGUCCCUCCGGGGCCGGAGCAGCGUCCUGCGCUUCGCGGCAGGAAAUGUCUUCCGCGCGCCCAGCAUCCAUGGGGGGGUCGGCGGCGUGUCCGUGUCCCUCCUUCGCUUCGUGUCGUCUCCUCCGGGGCUGCGGCAGCAGCUUGCAGGCAGCCUGGCCGGGAGUCCGACGGCCUCCUCUCCGGCAACGAAGCUCACCAUGCAGAACCUGGCUGACCGGCUGGCCCUCCUACCUGGAGUGCGCGCCCUGGAGGAGGCCAGCAGCGACCUGGGCUGAAGAUCAUGACUGGUACCAGAAAGCCAGGGCAGACGCACCUCUCGAGACCUAGCCACCUAACACAAGACCAUCGAGAACCUCGGAGACCUGGGAAUUCUCGGUGCCACCAUCGAGAACUCCAAGAUCGUCCUGCAGAUUGACAAUGCCCGUCUGGCUGCCGAUGACUUCCGCACCAAGCUUGAGAUGGAGCAAGCCCUGCGCCAGAGCGUGGAGGCCGACAUCAACGGCCUGCGCAGGGUGCUGGACGAGCUGACCCUGGCCAGGACCGACCUGGAGAUGCAGAUCGAAGGGCUGAAGGAGGAGCUGGCCUUCCUGAAGAAGAACCACGAGGAGGAAGUCAGUGCCCUGAGGGGCCAGGUGGGUGGCCAGGUCAGCGUGGAGGUGGAUUCUGCUCCGGGCAUCGACCUUGCCAAGAUCCUGAGUGACGUGAGAAGCCAAUAUGAGGUCAUGGCUGAGAAAAACCGAAAGGAUGCUGAAGACUGGUUCACCAGCCGGAUGGAGGAGCUGAAUCAGGAGGUGGCCGGCCACACAGAGCAGCUGCAGAUGAGCAAGACGGAGGUCACCGAACUGCGGCGCACCCUCCAGGGUCUGGAGAUUGAGCUGCAGUCGCAGCUAAGCAUGAAAGCCGCCCUGGAAGGCACGCUGGCGGAAACAGAGGCCCGCUUUGGAGCCCAGCUGGCCCAGAUCCAGGCUCUGGUCAGCAGUAUGGAAGCCCAGCUGAGCGACGUGCGUGCGGACACUGAGCGGCAGAACCAGGAGUACCAGCAGCUCAUGGACAUCAAGUCACGGCUGGAGCAGGAGAUCGCCACCUACCGCAGCCUGCUGGAGGGACAGGACGCCCAGUACAACAACCUGCCCACCUAUAAGGCUCUCUGA